AUGACUGGAAAAGAGGACACCUUGGCCCCUGAUGGUCAGGUACAAGGCUAUCAUUUGGAGGAAUAUGGUGAUAUCACUGUUUCACCAAAAAUUGUCAUUUCCAGUCUGUUAUUUGACACAAAGUGGAUGGCAGCCACCUGCUAUGUGAUGAAGUUCUACCCCAACCACUUAAAUGUCACCUGGCUGAAGAAUGGCAUUAUUGUUGGAGGAGAGAAGUCAAUUACACCCAGUAAGAACAAGGAUGGCACCUACAGCCUUGAGUGCUCACUAGUGGUCCCCGUGUCUCUGCGAAAGGACACUGUUUUCACUUGUCAGUUGUCCCAUGAUGCCCAGCCUCCUAUCAAUGAGAGACUGAGAGCUUCAGCUGCUGCCAAGGAUAGGGAUCAAAUAGACACAGGCUCAGCAGUUCCCUGCACAGCUCUUGGGAGUUUCCUCCUGGGACUCAAGGUUCUGCUGUUGCUCAGUUCUCCAUAUUCUUUUCUCCACAGGAAGGUGAAGACAACAGCACGAUUGCAAUUGCAGUUUGAAAGAAUUCACUUGAUGCACAGUAAAGGUUAUUUUCCCCAUCUCCCCAAGUUUUAUUUCGUUUAUGACAUUGACUGCUUAAAUGUGUUUUUUACCAGCAAAGAAUCAGAUACAGAGAGGAAGCACCAAGAGACAUGUUUAAUAUCCAGCAUCCACUACCUACUUGGUCCGUCUCUGGCUUCCUGCCUGCUGAUUCUUCUCCUUGGCCAUUCUGGAGCCCAAGGCCAGGAGGAGAUCCAGGUGCUGCAGCCCAAGGAUCCCAUUUCUGUGGCAGAGGGAGAGACAGUCACCCUGAACUGCACAGUUAUUGGGAUUCCACCAGCAGGACCAGUGAAAUGGUUCAAGGGGAAAGGACCCCAGAGACAGGAAAUUUACAAUUUCAAAGGAGACUUCUUCCCCAGGAUAAAGGCAGCUGACCCAUCAGCCAACAACAAAGACUUCUCCAUCAGGAUAAGCAAAAUCACUGCAGAGGACUCAGGCACCUAUUACUGUGUGAAGUUCAAAAAGGGGAAUCCUGACACUGAAGUUAAAUCUGGUAGGGGCACCAUGUUGUCUGUGACAGCCAAACCUUCUGCCCCUUUGGUGUUGGACCCCCAGGAAAGAGCAAGCAUCAACCAGAUGGUGAAUAUCUCCUGCAGCUCAACUGGCUUCUUCCCCAAAGACAUAGCUCUGAAAUGGUUUAAAAAUAGGGCUGAGCUGCCUGCCCUCUGGACCCGUGUUUUCCCUGAGGGAGAGAGUGUUUCCUACAACCUCACCAGCACUGUGCAGCUGCUGCUCACAGCCAGUGACUUUCACUCGGAGGUCAUCUGUGAAGUCCAUCACUACACAUUAGAGGCUCCUCUGCUUGGGAAAAAGAAGUUGUCAGACAUUAUUCGAGUUCCACCAGAAAUUGCCGUUUCCAGUCUGUUUUUGUAUACAAAGUAGAUGGCAGCCACCUGCUAUGUGAUGAAGUUCUACCCCAACCACUUAAAUGUCACCUGGCUGAUGAAUGGCAUCAUUGUUGGGGGAGAGAAGUCAACUACACCCACUGAGAACAAGGAUGGCACCUACAGCCUUGAGUGUGUAGUCCUGAUCCCUGUGUCUUUGCAAAAGGAAGACACUGUUUUCACCUGUCAGGCGUCCCAUGAUUCCCAGCCUCCUAUCAAUGAGACACUGAGAGCUUCAGCUGCUCCCAAGGAUAUGGAUCAAAUAGACCCAGGCUCAGCAGUUCCUGCACAGCUCUUUGGGAUUUUCCUCCUGGGAUUCAAAGUUCUGCUGUUGCUCAGUGUCUCCAUAUUCUUUCUCCACAGAAAGUGGAAGACAACAGCAUAAUGCAUUUUCCUCGUUGGGAAUCUAGCUGUUCAAUUUGUUGGAGUGCCUUUCAAAUCCAGGCUCAGAUGCUUACUAGGUGUGUGACCCUUGGCAUGUCACUUAACUCUGUUUGCCUCAGUUUCCUCAUCUGAAAAAUAAGCAGGAUAAGGAAAGAGAAAAUCUGUCUAGUAUUCUUUGCCAAGAAAACCCCAAAUAGGAUCCUGAAGAUAUGAACACAGUGGAAAAAAGAACUGAUCAUAGUCCAUGGUUCCCUUGUUUACCCCUUUUCAUUUCUGGUUUGUCAGCAUGAUUGCAACUCACUUGA